CACUCAGAAAGUUUCCAUAUUAGCUGUGAGACUUUCCUGUUGAUCGUCGGAGGAGGAGGGUGAGGUUUGGGUGGGGCGGUGGCAGGAGGUUGGAGGUGGAGCUGGUGGGCGUGGCCGAGGCUUCCUGCCCUGCCUGAAGGGAAAGUCCAGCUCAGAAGAACCUGAGUCAGUCAGAAAGCAGCUCAGCUCCGUCAGCUUCACCUCCAUCAUCAUCCGCCCGCCAUGGCUGCUGCCUCCAAAUCCUCCCAGACGGCGAAGAACGUGGUGAUCGCCCUGCUGGCGCUGUGGUCCAUCGUGUCGCUCGUGGUCAUCGUGGUGUGGGCGACGUCUCCGGACCUGAAGAGCUCGGCUCAGUGCCGGGCGGAGCUCCACGACACCACAGUGAAGCUGGAGGGCGCCAAGGUGGUGUGGAGCAAGGACAAGGUGGCGCUGGAGGAGCAGGUGGAGGCGGGCAGGGAGGAGCAGGACCGCCUCAGAGCCUCCAUCCUGCUGCUGAUGGGACACCUCAACACCACCAACGCCACGCUGGACCAGUGCCGCCAAGAGAACGUCUUCCUGAACGGGAACAUCAGCACUCUGCAGCUGAAUGUGGAGCAGCUCCGUCAGACGGAGGCGAACCUCACAGCUCAGCUCGGCAUGCAGGAAGAUCGGAUCGAGGCUCUGAAGCAGAACCUGACCCAGACCGUCCUGGAGACUGAGACAUGUCGUAGCCUGAAGGACGCCGCAGACAGCCAGAUGAUGGCGGCUCAGAGUCAGACCAAAGCCUGCGAGUCCAAACAGCAGUAUCUGCAGAGACAGCUUCAGAAGUGUAAGGUCGUGGACUCUGAAGCUCCGCCCCUGAAGCAGGACCCACCCUCCUCGACCGCCCGCCCCUCCUCCUCCGCCCCCUCCCUCUCUGGUUUUCCCGCCCUGGCGCUGCUCGUCUCCACCACUCUGCAUCUGAUGACCUGAGUGCGGCGAGGUGUCGACCUGUCGAACGACAGCGAGCACUGUGGUCCAGGAGGGGGCGGAGCCUGGACGGACUAAAUGACUGCUGUAUAAACUUCCUGUCCACGCUACAAACAGAUUGCCAUGGAGACGCCGACACGUCACGCUGUCGUAUGACGACACAAACUUCGCUUUGACUCGAACAGCUGAGACGUUAGCUGACCCAAAGACACGUUUUUCUUCAUGAAGCUGAACUUUUUUUGUUUUGUUUUGUCACUUUUCUGAUUCAUUUAAACUUUUUAGAAAAAAAUCACUGUUUUUCAUUUUAUUUUGAAAAUCAUCUUUCAGACUUCCUGCCGAGAAAAAAUUCAUCACUGACUAAUUGUGGUGCGUUCAGGGACAUCAGAGAAUCCCAAAUGUUUUACAAAAAAAUCAUGAAAAAACGAAAUCAUCAAUUUGUCGAUAAAAAAUAUUUCUAAUUAUUUGCUGAUCAAUUUUAUUUUCCAAUCUUCAUUUUCCAGAACGUUGCAUUCACUGACCAUUUAAAGCUCGGUUUAGUCAGCCGCUGCUCGUCAUGGUUACUGUUUGAGCAAUACGAAGCUGAACUCUGAGUGGACGAAGCUAACGAUGCUGAUUGGCCGCCACGUGUUUUAUGUCAUCACGCAUGUUUGUUUGAACACAAGCAAAGAAACAGAUUCAUCAACAAAUUUGAACAUUUCUGUCUGAAACAUCUGAAAGCUCACGUGAUCAGCUGUUUCCUGUUUGUCGGAUUGUUGUUCUGCAGCCGACCUCUGAUGACUGUGAUGGAUUCUGUCUCUGCAGGAAGUGAUUCAUGAAUGAAAAGCAGAGAAACAAAGUGACACCCCGUUUACACCUGAAUCCAGAGUCAGGUGUAAACACACACACACACACACACACACACACACCUGUGACCAGCUGAUCCAGAGUCAGAUGUAAACACACACACACACACACACACACACACACACACACACACACACACUCACACACCUGUGACCAGCUGAUCCAGAGUCAGGUGUAAACGGGGUCAAUGUGUAUAAAUCAACUUGCUGCAGCUGACAAACGACUAAACUUUUAGAAACUUUUAUCUAAUUUGAAGUGUGAGGGGGCGGGGCCAGGUGAGGGUAGGUUCAGGUGAGGCCGGGGCCAGGAUGAAUGUUUUAAUGAGAAAAUAAAAGAGUUUCUACGA